CGCGGGCGCCGAGAAGUUUGGCGGCUGAGAGGCCGGGCGUCCUGGGGUCACGAGGAGGCGGCGGCGCGUGGGCCCGGGCCAUGGGGGCAGGAGCGGGCGGUAGGGCUGGCGCGGAGGCGGCGUGGCAGGCAUCGAGCCCCCCGAGCGACACGGCCGUCGCGGCACAAAGUUAGCCCAGAGCCCCGGGACGAGCUCCGCGGCCGCAGGCUGCCCCUGGACCCCGCCUCAGCCAUGGGCGAGCACCCCAGCCCGGGCCCCGCAGUGGCCGCCUGCGCCGAGGCGGAGCGCAUCGAGGAGCUGGAGCCCGAGGCUGAGGAGCGGCUGCCCGCGGCGCCGGAGGACUUUGACCCUGGGAAUACAGGCUACAUCAGCACAGGCAAGUUCCGGAGCCUCCUGGAGAGCCACAGUUCCAAUCUGGACCCGCACAAAAGGGAGGUGCUCCUGGCUCUUGCUGACAGCCAUGCAGACGGGCAGAUCUGCUACCAGGAUUUUGUCAACCUGAUGAGCAACAAGCGUUCCAACAGCUUCCGCCAGGCCAUCCUGCAGGGCAACCGCAGGCUGAGCAGCAAGGCCCUGCUGGAGGAGAAGGGGCUGAGCCUCUCCCAGCGGCUGAUCCGCCACGUGGCCUAUGAGACGCUGCCCCGGGAGAUUGACCGCAAGUGGUACUACGACAGCUACACCUGCUGCCCUCCGCCCUGGUUCAUGCUCACGAUCACAUUGCUGGAGGUUGCCUUUUUCCUCUACAAUGGGGUGUCACUGGGUCAAUUUGUACUGCAGGUAACUCAUCCACGUUACCUGAAGAACUCACUGGUUUACCACCCACAGCUCCGAGCACAGGCGUGGCGCUACCUAACCUACAUCUUCAUGCAUGCGGGGAUAGAACACCUGGGACUCAACGUGGUGCUGCAGCUGCUGGUGGGGGUGCCUCUGGAAAUGGUGCACGGAGCCACCCGAAUCGGGCUUGUCUAUGUGGCCGGCGUUGUGGCAGGGUCCUUGGCAGUGUCUGUGGCUGACAUGACCGCCCCAGUCGUGGGCUCUUCUGGAGGGGUGUAUGCGCUCGUCUCUGCCCAUCUGGCCAACAUCGUCAUGAACUGGUCGGGCAUGAAGUGUCAGUUCAAACUGCUGCGGAUGGCUGUGGCCUUGAUCUGCAUGAGCAUGGAGUUCGGGCGGGCCGUGUGGCUCCGCUUCCACCCAUCGGCGUAUCCCCCGUGCCCUCACCCAAGCUUCGUGGCGCAUCUGGGUGGUGUGGCAGUGGGCAUCACCCUGGGCGUGGUGGUCCUGAGGAACUACGAGCAGAGGCUGCAGGACCAGUCGCUGUGGUGGAUUUUUGUGGCCAUGUACACCGUCUUCGUGCUGUUUGCCAUCUUCUGGAACAUUUUUGCCUACACCCUGCUGGACUUGAAGCUUCCACCACCCCCUUGAGGGCUGGCGGCCCAAGGUGGGGGAGGGGAGGGAGCAGCUUCUACAGGGAGUACCUGUGUGCUUUUACUCAUCACCAGCUCAGUGAGGACAGGCAGGUGAGGGUGGAACCCUCUGGGCUGCUGUAAUAUUCGUGCUUUGGGACAGUGAACUCUUUCCUGAAAGGCAUCUGGUGGAGGAGUUGGAUGUCUCUGCCAUCACUUUUCUAGGCUGCUUUGAUGACACUGGGCCAGGGUGAAGGCCUAGGGUGGGGUGAGAGUGGCUCCCCUCCUGGGCUGGGCUCAACCUCUCUUGCAGACAGAGAUUGGGCAGCAGCCUUCUCCCGCCUCACCCUUGACCCUGAGAGACCCUAUGCAAUGGAGGAAGGCUAGAGGGUUAUCACAGGCAGGCAGAGAUAACUGCAGGCCAGGCAGUGUCCCCUCUAUAGCUGCUGGCCUGGAACGUGGGUGAGAAGAGGGCCUGUGGUGGGCCUGCUGGCUUUGACCUGGCUUAGACCUGAGUGCCCUCCCCUGGGGCCUGUCGCUGAUCACUGGGGUGGAGGAGGAAGAUGCUGUAGGCAGUGCCCCACUCCUGCCCUGGGGGUACCCUGUGAAAGGGACCCAACAGUGAGGAACAAACCACCCCAAGUCCAAACCUGAGGAAGACGCAGGACCGAUCUUAGACUCCUCCCUCCCUUUCUUCCAGGAUGUUGACGUCUCAUACCAGCGCCCGGCCUGUGUGCCCUGCUUUGCUUUUAGGGUCUUUCUUUCCUUCCACUGCCCUGGCCCUACUUUGUGCCUCUCCCUUGGAGACGUGUUUUGAUCAUGCACGUGUGCACACGUACAUGUGUGUGUGAUGGGAGGGACAACGUGAGGCCAAUUGGAACCUGCAGAGGGGGCCCAGAUGGGGAGGUGUCUCUGAGAGGAGAAAAGGCGCUGAGACGCGGCAGAACAUGGAGUGUGCUGUGAGUGGUGAAUGUCCUUGCUUUGUACAAAGCUUGCCCCCUUCUUUCCUAUCUCCUGUCCUCUCCAGGCCCCUCCCUGCGCAUCACUGAUUAGCAGGAGAAUUGUCAUGCUGGAGGGACAUCUCGAACCCUUCUAGGGACCCUUGGGAUGCUGAAGUUUCCCUCACCUUUGCCAGGUUCUGCUCUUGUUUCCCUCUGGGAUGGCCGCCUUAUCUGAACAGGUUCUGUUCUGUCUCCCUAAGGAGAUAGGAGCUUGGGGAAGGCAAGGGAUGCCCAGGCAGGAAUAUUGAGUCCGUAUGUCCAAUUGAGUUGGGGGUGGGGGGGGACAAGAGGCUGCAGUACGAGGAAUUAGGUAGGAAACUUUGCUUCUGAAGAAAAAUGACUGGGUGCCUGGAGGAUUGUCAGAGGUAAAAGAUGCCAGUAGAUGUGAGAGAGAACCUAGAGAUCAUCAAGUCCACCCCCACCAAUCUCACUGUUGGGAAAAUGAGGUCUCAAGAAUGACCUCCUAGCAGGGGGCAGUGCAGGCUUUGAGUGGAGGGUGUGAGGAGGAUGACCUUGGACAAAAUAUGUCAUGGCUUUACACUGCUCUUAGAAUACCCUGCUGCUGGUGGUCCAGAAGGACAAAGACCCCAGGCCUGGGAGGUGGAGAGGCUGGGUCUAUGCAGGAACAAUGACAGGAGUGUGGGAACUAUUCACCACGCUUAAGUCCUUCCAGGCUCCUGAGUAUACCAAAGUCCAAAGUCAGCCGGGCCAGGCAUUUGGGGGUCUUGGGCCAUGGUGGCUUCCUGUCCUAGUGAUUACAGAUAAAUGGGCAGGGUCUUCCCACCCAGGGACAUACCCGCCCAUAUGCAGGUUGUGCCAAGUUCAUAACUAUCUUUGCCCAGUGCUGAAUAGACUGUCCUGGUGCCAUUCCUAAGGCCAUGCUACCUUUGUGCCAAAGCUACGAGGACUGUCGACCUGAGGCAGCAUGGGUCCACAUGUUUGGCGGGGCCCCGAGGUAGAGCUGAAGCUCCCUUCUCUAGUCUCAGAUCUAGAUCAGGAUUGCAUCAGCCUGGGACAUCUCGUCUGCCCUUUUUGCCAUUCUCAGCCUAAUGAGAAAAAAAGUAUACUCCAACGCAAUGGAGCUAGGGCAGGGGUUCUCAACCUAUGACCCACAGGAACUGUAUUAA